AUGUCGGUGUUGCCAGCGUCGGUGUUGUCAACGUCGGUGUUGUCAACGUCGGUGUUGUCAACGUCGGUGCUGCCAGCGUCGGCGCUGCGAGGGUCGGUGCUGCCAGCGUCGGCGCUGCGAGGGUCGGUGCUGCGAGGGUCGGUGCGGCUCUCAGUGUCCAGCAGCUAUCCGGUGAUCUGGGUCGUGCGCCAUGUUCACAAGAUGCUGGCGCCACAGGAGGUCAUUCUUGAGACGAGACGAAGAACGAUAACAAUUAGCAACCAGGACGACCAGCGGGGCCACCCACCUCAAGACGGAACUUGUGGCGUCGUCGUGGGGAGUCUUAUAAAGUCCAAGAGUGACGUGUAUGGUCGCAUGAAGUCCAAGAGUGACGUGUAUGGUCGCAUGAAGCCCAAGAGUGACGUGUAUGGUUGCAUGAAGCCCAAGAGUGACGUGUAUGGUCGCAUGAAGUCCAAGAGUGACGUGUAUGGUCGCAUGAAGCCCAAGAGUGACGUGUAUGGUCGCAUAAAGUCAAAGAGUGACGUGUAUGGUUGCAUGAAGACCAAGAGUGACGUGUAUGGUCGCAUGAAGCCCAAGAGUGACGUGUAUGGUUGCAUGAAGCCCAAGAGUGACGUGUAUGGUCGCAUGAAGUCCGAAGCAUGA